CCCACCCCUUAGAUCAACCUCCUCCUGACAAUCUCACCCCGGGACCAAUCCCCAGCCAGAGCCCAGGCCCCCUUGGCCCCUGUGUGGCCCUGGUGCCACCUGUCAGGGUCAUGGCUUGCGAGCCACCUGCCCUGCUGGAGCUGGUGGCUGCCGUGAGGGACGUGGGCAGCCAGCUGCAGAGGCUGACCCAGGCCCUGGAGCAGGACCAGCGGGAGCGCCAAGCCCUGGGAAUGGGGCUGACCCAGCUGGUGGAGGCUGCCCAGGGCCUGGGGCAGCUGAGUGAGAUUGUGAAGAGACUGGCAGAGGUCGCCUGGCCCCCCAGCACACCUGCCCCAACCACCACCAACCCAGAGGAGGAAGAGAGGCCUCUCCAGGGAGACGUGUGACCCUCUCUGGGACUUGAGGGGUGUGAGACACUCCCAACCAAAAAAGG